AUGGAAGCCAUUUCCCACAGUGCCUACCAACAAAACAAGGAGUUGAUGAAUAAACGUGGCAUCCCUAACUGGUCUCAGGAGGAAUGGGCGGAAAUGCGUAAGGAGGAUCAAAUCGAAUUCCAGUUUGCCUCGAACGUUUCUGUCACCUACAACGAUUUUUACAACAAGCCGCAUCAAGACAAGAAGGACAUCAACGGCUGGACGUAUGGUAUUUUUGCUUAUGUUGACCUUGAAACAGGCAAACCUAUCCCUCCCCCUUCUACAGAAUUGGGACAUGGCUUCUUAUUUCCUCGCCAUGCUUACCUGAUAGACUUUGUUAAGUCUAGUGGCAUCAUGGAGCUUGUUUGGCAAACUACCAAAUUUGAACACUGCACCAGCAUGCCUCCUCCAUCCCUACGAAAGCAAAAGGGACGCACCUGGACACACCAGGGAUGUUCUUUUCAAAUUAACAAAGACCUUGCUAAAGUUGCUCAGGAAUUAAAAGAUGCUUCUCCACAAUUUGUAGAAAAAAAAACCUUAUGCAAGAAACAAAAAUACGGUGCUUAA